AUGGAGACGCGCCAGCACUUGAUGAGCCAGCCCCGGCGCAUGGAAAACGACCACCACGAGGAACACCACAAAGAGACGUCACCCCUGUUCAGCGACCGAGAACAGAACAUGGCGGACACCAACACGAGCCAGAACAACGAGACCUACUACCUGAUCCUGCUCUUCGUGACCGCCUUCCACAAUCAGAACAUGACCAAGCUGACCUGCCGCCGACUGUACCACCACAGACACUACACCAAGGAGAUCCUCCACAUCAAGCUCGACCUGGAAUACGCCAUGGCUUUGCUAGGGGCAUCCCUCCACCCUAUGUUGCGGAGUACGACCCAUGGCACGAAGACGGAUACAUCACCAUCGAGGAGCUCGGGGGCCACCCCGCCAACGCCGCGACACACCUUCUUCCUGCUCAACCACCACCAGCACUUCCGACACAAACGCAACCACUACCUCAAGACGUACCCUGGGGCGAGCAGCAGAAUCCUUCCCCACUACAACCACGAGAUCCACAACUACAACAGCCACUGGAACAACAACCACAACCUGAUGAACCGCAAAAUUCCCAACCACAACAUACGUCCCGACGAGAUGGAAGUGAAGAACAAGAAGCACAACCGACGAUGGACCCGGAAAACUUCAUCGCGACCCACUUCGCCAACCAGGGGCCGAUACUACCGCCACAGCAGUGGACAGCAAACCCCCUGGGACUACAUCGACUCCCGCUCCUCGACAAGCACCAGAAGAAGUUGUGGAUUCGAGGAUGCACCGACGCCGCCCACUCCAGAACAAGACCUACCACCACCCGACAACAUGGUGCUACCGCCCCGGACCAGGGAACACCCUGAGCACGCCGACAACAACGCCGAGGACAACGCGCAGACGCAGACCUACCAGGAGACGCGGACCGACAAUGCCACCCUGGAAAACGCUGGACCUGCCCUACACCAACAACCAGCGGAAGACGAAGCCCAGCCUGAAGAUACCACCGACAGCGAUGACGACAGCACCAGCUCAAGCACGGACCCGGGGGACGCCCGACACCACUCUCGGAGGACCGACCUCCCAAACGACGUGCAGGACACGGCAGCCAACGAGUCAAGAACAAAGGCCAAAAAAGUGAUGUGA